CUCUCCUCUCUUCGCAAUCGCAUAUCCACCACCACCAAUUGAUCAGCCCACCGCCAUCGCCACCGCAUCCCGCAGCCACAGUAGCGAAGGCUUUGACCACUGUAGCCACCACCGCGUCCUCUUUCGUCGCCGAGCUUGCCUCCUCUUUCGUCGCCGUUACUCGCCGCCGAUAGAACAAUCACAAAGUAACCCACACCCACAAGAUAAUGCUGUUCAAGAUUCUCAAACUGGUUCAUCUAGAGGUAAAUCUGAUCUAGCUUGGCAAUAUUUUACAGUGAAGUAUGACAAAAAUAACAAGGCUCAAUAUACAUAUAUUUUCUGCUUGAAUACUUACAAUGGAGGGGGGAUACAUAGAAUGAAAUAUCAUCUUGCAAAAAUUCCUGGACAAAUUAAAGUAUGUAACAAAGUAACUAAAGAUGUUGAACUUCAAUUCAAAAGGCUUUUGGAGGAAAACAAGAAAAAUAAGGCAGAAAAAAAAAUUUACAAGUGAUUGUUAUGAUGUGGAAACACAAGCAGAAGAAGAGUGUGAAGCGCCUAAUCCUGUACAACCUCCGGCUCCUGCAACAAUAGGUGACAAAGGAAAGAGAAGAGCUAUUGCUGCUACUCCAAUUGGAAGUUAUUUUAAGGGAAGGACUAUACCAGGCUCUCAACCAACUUUGAAAAGUGUUUUGGUCAGUAAACAAGUUGUGCACAAGGUUAAGUUGGGGCUUGCAAAAUGGAUCAUUGAUGUACGUAUUCCAUUCAAUGCAAUUCAAUCACCUUACUUUCAACCUGCCUUGGACGGCGUUGCUGAAAUUGGACCUGGUUUCAAGGGACUGUCAUACCAUGAAAUGAGAGUUUAUUUGCUGGCAGAUCUUAAGAAGGAGUGUCAGUUGCUUGUUGAAGGCUAUAGGAGCUCGUGGAAAAGCACUGGUUGUACAUUGAUGGCAGAUGGCUGGACUGAUCAAAGGUAGUGUACGUUAAUUAAUUUUCUAGUUUAUUGUCCCGCUGGUAUGUCAUUUGUUAAGUCUGUUGAUGAUUUUGAUAUGAUAAAAACUGCCGAUACCUUGUUUCAAUUGUUUGCUGAGGUUAUUGAGUGGGUUGGGUCUAGUAACAUUGUGCAUGUGGUUACUGAUAAUGCUACGAAUUAUGUAUCUACUGGAAAACUCAUUCAAGAAAAGUAUCCAAACAUUUUGUGGUCUCCUUGUGCUGCUCACUACAUCAAUCUUAUUUUGAAAGACAUAGCAAGUAUUCCUCACAUAGCUGACCUUGUCUCUCGUGCUUCAAAAGUGACUGUAUUUGUUUACAAUCAUAUGAUUUUCUUGUCAUAGCUUAGAAAAAGAAAAGAUUGGAAAGAAAUUGU